GAUACCAGGGAGGGAUUGAAGGGGGAGAGAUGGCGGAGAAGAGCAAGAAGGAUGGCGCCAAAUCGGCGGCCUCAGUGGCGUACCUGAGGGCCUCCUCCGAUGACCGGAAGCCGUCGGCGCCGCCGGCGGGGACAGGGCCCGCGGCCGCCGCGGCCAGGAAGAUCACCUUCAAGAGCGCCAAUAUGAAGGAGGAGAUGCAGCAAGAGGUUUUCGAGUGUCCCCGCAUUGCGUUCGAGAAGUAUACAGUGGAGAAGGGCAUCGCUGAGUACAUCAAGGAGUUCGACAAGAAGCACGGCCAUUGGCACUGCAUUGCCGGCCGCAACUUCGGUUCAUACGUGACGCAUGAGACCAACCACUUCAUCUAUUUCUAUGUAGACUCGAAAGCCAUUCUGUUAUUCAAAUCUGGUUGACAAUGGAAAUGAUGCUUUUGCCGGCUCCCGUAUCCUAUUUUUUGACAGUCUUUUGGCCUGCAAAUUAUCACCAUGGCUUUCCUACACUUGCCUGUAUAUCUUAUUCCAUCUGUGCAAUGAGCAUUGCGCUGAAACAUAGAAUCUGAGCUC